AUGUCGAAGGGAAACCUGACUCUGCUGAUCCUCGCGGCGUUUGCGGUGGUGGGCUGCGUGGGCUCGUCCAGAUUUGAUGACCUUUUUCAGCCCGGCUGGGCCACGGACCACCUUACGCACGAAGGAGAGGUUUUAAGGAUGAAGCUCGACAAUUACUCUGGUGCUGGGUUUUCGUCGAAGAGCAAGUAUAUGUUUGGGAAAGUCAGUGUUCAGAUCAAGCUAGUGGAAGGUGACUCUGCUGGCACUGUCACGGCCUUCUAUAUGUCGUCCGACGGCCCGUACCACAACGAGUUCGAUUUCGAGUUCCUGGGGAACACCACAGGGGAACCUUACCUCGUCCAGACCAAUGUGUAUGUCAAUGGAGUUGGCAACAGGGAACAGAGACUCAAGCUCUGGUUCGAUCCCACCAAGGAUUUCCACUCCUAUUCCCUUUUAUGGAACCAGCGUCAAGUAGUGUUCUUGGUUGAUGAGACGCCCGUCCGAGUCCACUCGAACUUGGAGCACAAAGGCAUACCAUAUCCUAAGGACCAAGCCAUGGGCAUCUACAGCUCGAUUUGGAAUGCCGACGAUUGGGCCACACAGGGUGGGCUGAUCAAGACCAAUUGGGCCCAUGCCCCUUUCGUGGCCUCGUACAAGGGCUUUGAGAUCGACGGCUGUGAGUGUCCUGACUCGGUUGCUGCUGCUGACAAUGCCAAACGGUGCAGUGGCGGUGGGACUCGCCGGUUCUGGUGGGACGAGCCGGCCAUGUCGGAGCUGAGCCUGCACCAGAGCCACCAGCUGAUGUGGGUUCGGGCGAACCAUAUGAUCUACGACUAUUGCUCGGACAAGGCAAGGUUCCCGACCGCGCCGCUCGAGUGUGAGCACCAUCGUCACUAG